AACUUGUCCUGACUUGGAGCUCGAACCCUCAAACCAAUAAUGAUUCAUUUCCCUCGCGCUCAUGCCGGAAGUUCUCAUACUCAGCAAAUAAGGGCGACGGGGGACUUCUCUUUUUUCCGGCACUGUCUGUUCUCGUGAGGGUUCCGGUGAGUGCGCGUGAGAACCGACAAGAAGUGUCCGUGAUAAUCCGUCCCUAUAACGGACGCGUGUUCUCAGUGGAGGCGGGGCGACACGGUCCGGUCCACAGGUCCAGCUGUAACUUUACCUCCGCUCAGGCUCGCGGUCUGAACGAUGGCGACGGACGAGCUGUCGUCGAAGCUCAGCCGGCGGCUGCAGAUCGAGGACGGAGCCGAGGCCCCGGUGGCCCUGGACCCACCGGGACCCCAGACCGGCUCCGAGGAGAAGUCCAGCACCGCCUACGCGGACUCUGAGCUCGGGGCGAAGCUGCUGCGGCGCGGGGAGCUGAACGAGGGGCAGGGGGAGCCGAGCCAGCCCAGCACCAAGGUCCUGAACCCCUACACCGAGUUCAGGGAGUUCUCCCGCAGCCAGAUUAAGGACAUGGAGAAGAUGUUCAAAACGUUUGACGCGGGCAAAGACAACUACAUCGACCUGAUGGAGCUGAAGCUGAUGAUGGAGAAGCUGGGAGCUCCUCAGACUCACCUGGGCCUGAAGAACAUGAUGAAGGAGGUGGACGAAGACCUGGACAACAAGCUGAGCUUCAGAGAGUUCCUCCUCAUCUUCAGGAAGUCGGCAGCAGGAGAGCUGUCGGAGGACAGCGGCCUCGGGGUCCUCGCUCGUCUCUCUGAGAUCGACGUCUCCACCGAGGGGGUCAAAGGGGCCAAGACCUUCUUUGAAGCCAAGGUCCAGGCCAUCAGUGAGUCCAACCGCUUUGAGACGGAGAUCCGCCAGGAGCAGGAGGCCAAGAAGAAGGAGUUGGAGGAGCAGAAGCUGAGACACAGCGCCUUCAAGGAGCUGCAGUCGGCCUUCAAGUGACACCUCACUCUGAGGGGGCAGUCACCUUCAGGUGACCUCACUCUGAGGGGGCAGUCACCUUCAGGUGACACCUCACUCUGAGGGGGCAGUCACCUUCAGGUGACACCUCACUCUGAGGGGGCAGUCACCUUCAGGUGACCUCACUCUGAGGGGGCAGUCACCUUCAGGGGACCUCACUCUGAGGGGGCAGUCACCUUCAGGUGACCUCACUCUGCUCCUCUACUUAUGGUCCAGUCGCUCUGCUGCACCAACACUGUCAGGUUGUAAACACUGUGCUUAAUGUUCCACGUCUACAAUGGACUGGAGACAAUCUGAAAACUCGUAUUAAUUAAUAAUGAUUCCACUUAAUGACCAGAAAGGGGCCAAAUGUUCAAACUACUGUCAAGAUGCUCAUUCCAACUUUAAAUUAGAAAAGUUGAGUGAAAACUUUGAGGUGAUAAUGAUCAGGAAGGUAUUUUUAAUAAAGUGUUCUUCAUGGAUCCUGUUUGUUCUCUGUUAGUCUGUCACUGUUCCGUCUGUCAUGCUGUCAGAAAGGAAAACAAACUGUCAAACACAUUUUACUUCAACUUCCUAAAACUUCUUAAUAAAACCUUUUGUCGUAACAAAUUG